GAGACCUCCACUUUUGUAAACAGGCUAUCUAAUAAUCAGGGACAUAUCUGUCUGCGGUACAACAGCUGAGAAACGUGCAUUAUCAUCUCACCUCAUAAACUGAACUGAACACAACCGACAGAGUUUAUCAAAUCCAAUCAUAGAAAAAGGACCAAUUUGGCAAGGAAGAUUGAUUCCAGUUUUUCCAGAUCAUAAAUCUAUACUAGAUUCUCCAUUCAUAACUAUGGCAGAUCCUGCUGUUAAUAACAACAGCACAGAAUCCAACAAAGUUUGGACUAGCUUCAGCUUUGCUUUAGGGAUAAGUGCUGUUGGUUUGCUGUUGUUCAGAAGAUAUUUUCAUGGAGCCAAAUGCAAAAGCCUUGCUCAGUUGAGUGGCAAGACUGUCAUCGUCACAGGAGCUAACACUGGGAUUGGAAAAGUCACCGCGCUGGACUUGGCAAGAAGAAAUGCUCGGGUGAUACUUGCAUGCAGGGACAUCAACAAAGCUCGGAAGGCUGCAGAUGACAUCAAGAAGUCAACCAACUCGCAAAAUGUUGUAGUCAAACAUCUGGACCUCGCCUCCUUCAAGUCCAUCAAUCAAUUCUGCAAAGACAUCUUGGAGACGGAACCAAGACUUGAUAUCCUCAUCAACAAUGCAGGCGUUAGUUGGAUUCCACAAUGUACGAAGACAGAAGAUGGGCUGGAGAUGCAAGUUGGAGUGAACCACUUCGGGCACUUUCUCCUCACCAAUCAGCUUCUUCCCCGCUUGAAGAAGUCGUCCCCCAGUGCUCGCAUCAUCAUCGUCUCCUCCUCCCUUCAUAAGAAGGGGAAAAUUGACUUUGGGAACUUCAAAUCCGAGAAGGGCUACCAUCAGUUUGAGGCAUACUAUGACAGCAAGCUUGCUAAUGUACUGUUUGGUCAAGAGCUUCACCGCCGUCUCGAAGCGGAAGAGGCAGGCGUCUCUGUGUACACGCUCCAUCCUGGAGUAAUCAACACGGAGCUGAACCGCCAUAUGAUGCAUCCAUUACUGCUGCGUCUGUUUCGACCACUCUUUGGACUUCUUGUGAAAACACCAACUCAAGGUGCCCAGACUACUAUCAGUUGCGCUGUUGCGGGAGAGCUGGAGGGUCUCAGUGGCCGUUACUAUGGCAACUGUAAAGAGGAGCCAUUUCCAAAGGUGGAGUCUGGACCAGAUGAGAGUGUUGCUAAGAAGUUGUGGGAAAUCAGUGAGCGAUUAACAGGACUGUCUAAAGUGGACUAAAUUCUGAAGUUUAUUAUGCAGAUAUCAAUUUUUUUUCUUUAAUUUGAAGAAGUAAAAUUUUAUAUCAAGUAGGGUUUAUAUUUAGUGGCCAGCCAUACAUGAUUUUAUGAAAUAACUGCAGUACCCACUGUAUGAUUUGCCUCGAGCUACUGGGCGGUCUGGGUGGUAAGACAUCUGGAAUAUUAAAAAUUUAAUAUUGAUAAAUAUUUUUGACAAGACUCGGGAAGGUAUGGAGUUUACAGGGUGCUUACCAAAUAUCGGUGAAUCUGUAAAACACAAAUAAUAUUAAUUUUUAGUGAUGCAAGUAUAACUACUACAUCGAUGUUUGAUUUAAUUGUUUCACUUUCAAGUUAGUUUAAGAACAACUAAAAGAACUAUUUAAUGCAUGGCAUGCGAUGGAAACGUCUUUGAAAAUGAAAAAAAAAUUAAUUGUAUGCAAAUGCCUUUAUAAUGCCUUUUGUAAAAUGGUAGCGAGUGUUUUUAAUUUUAGACGGUGGCCUGAAGCAUAUCUUAUUUUGCAUACUAUGUUAUUUUGCCCAAUAUUUUAUGAAUUUGUUUAAAAUAGGAAUCCUGAAGUUUAAAAUUGUGAUGCAAUCAUUUCAAGCAAAAUGAGUCAUUUGUCAACCCUAGGGCUGAUUUCUCAAAGCAAUAAAAUCCAUCGUAAUGUUGUAUUAGCGUACAAGGGGGCGAAAUUGCCAACAUGAAAUAAGAUAUUUACAACAAAAAAUAUUGUUGAAGAUGUCAACCCUGUAAGCAUGUUUUGGCUUGUUUCUCCAUACUGAUAUUGCUGAGAAAUGACUCAUUUAGCUUGAUUGCAUGAGUCAGAAGGGCCUGUGUUCAAUAUUUGGUAAACAAAUAUAAUAUUUGUGAAAGUAACCAUGCAUUAGAAUAGAUAUUGUAUUAUUAAAAAUACUGAAAUGCUAGUUUUGAA